AUGAAUGGAAUUUCCAACAUCUUUGAUGCUUCAGAGAUGUGGACUGACGACGACUUGAAUCUCUUCCUUAAUUUACAAACACCCAUUCACAAGAAGAAGGAUGAUCUUUUAUUUCCUCACGAUGAUUUAGAAGGUACAGGUCUCUCCGAUUUAUCGAUUUCUCCUUUAAUUCCAAUAAGAGGAGUAGCAAAACCAUCCUGUCCUUCAUCAACUUUAAAUGCUCCUUCCGUUUCUAAUUCCUCGAAUAUGAGUCUCAAACCAUUUCCAACCAAAGAAGUAACAAAUUCCACUACCAAUUGUAAAAUUAAUAAGAAUGAAACAAAUGUGUGUCAACCACCAAUGAAUACAACUCGACCACAGGAAAUUAUUUCAAAACCAAGCUCACAAACAAGUGCCACCACCAAACAAAAUGAUGAGAAUAUCAAACCUAACAAGUCAAUGAACAACAAGCCAGUACCUCCCCCAACUACACAAAACGAAACGAAAGCAAUCAAACAAUUGAGAGUUAAUGAGCCUCAGGCCACUAAGAAACCAACCUCCCCACCAAAGAAACCUAAACAUCCAAAGCAGAAGAAUAUCACAACUUCAACCACACAACCACCACCAAAAAUCAAUAAGCCAAAAAAGCAAAUACUUCCCUCACCAAUACCACUUCUAACCAAGAAUCAAAGUGUUCCUAAUCUACCACCUAAACCCUCCAUUUCAAUUACACCUCCACAAAUCCAACCAAUUCCGAUUAUAAAACAGGAAGAAACAAAACAAGAUCCAAAUCAACCACCUCCUCUACCAAAUCUUCCUCCUCAACAAUUAAUUCUAAAGCUAUUUGAAGAAAAGCAAAAACGUUUCUUCAACAGUUUUGAGGACGAUUCUCUUUUAUUAAUUGAUUUCAUUUCCAAUUAUUCAGUUUUGUAA